ACCAGACAGGAGUACCGGGUUUUACAAGGUGCCAUGAUCAACGCCCAGUUUGUUCAGAGAGGAAGAGAAGUUUCUGCUCGAAGGCUGCGUUACAACGCUAAGAAAUCAGACACUUGGUUUGUGGACUACAGGAACCAGGGUUAUGUCACUGAGGUUAAAGAUCAGGGGUACUGCGGUUCAUGCUGGGCUUUCAGUACCACUGGUGCAAUAGAGGGGCAGCUGUACAAGAAGACAGGUCAGUUGGUCUCCUUGAGUGAGCAAAACCUGGUGGACUGCUCCAAACCGUACGGUACUCAUGGGUGCAGCGGUGCCUGGAUGGCCAACGCAUAUGACUACGUGAUCAACAACGGGCUGCAGGCAUCAGACAGCUACCCCUACACCUCAGUGGACACACAGCCUUGUUUUUAUGACAGCCGGMUGGCAGUGGCACACAUCAGAGACUACAGGUUCAUUCCUCAGGGAGACGAGCAGGCUCUGGCUGACGCUGUGGCAACGGUCGGCCCCAUCACUGUAGCUAUAGACGCUGAUCACUCCAGCUUCCUGUUCUACAGCUCAG